GUGUGCGAUUUUAAGGCAAUGCUGUUAGUGUGACGUAUAAUCUAGUGGACGGAACGCAAUGCUGUUAGUGUGACGUAUAAUCUAGUGGACGGAACGCUUCUUUCAGCAGCAGCAACAGUUAGUCAGCCACCUCGGUAGCUUGCUAGACAAGAUAGACGAACCAGUAAAGCUCUUUAGACGCUUUAGUGUAUAUUAGCAACUGUAUUUUAAACCCUCGUCUGUCGUCUAGUUAGUUAUCCUAUUUCAUUUCAUAUUUACGGUGUUGUUUUUAUUCAGCUGGCGGGCUGGUUAAGUUAGCAUUAGCCUAGCUAGCUAACAUCUCCGACCAUGAGUUCACUAAAUUACUCUCUUCCUGCUGAAGAAGAGACGGUCUGUUGGACGGAGAAAGAAGCUCUCAUCAAAGAGGAGGAGGAAGAGAAGGAUGUUACAAUACAAAAACAAGUAGAGGGUGAGGUUGUUACCCUGAAAGAAGAAGAUAAAGACGUUUCAGUGAAAGAAGAGGAAGACGUUACAUUGAAAGAAGAGGCGUUCAGAGUGAUAGAGGAGGAGGAUGCAGUUUUUGAAGUGAAAGCGGAGGAGGGGGGGAUUACGGUCUCAUCGGAAGAAGAGGAGGAGGAAACUGGAUAUCUGGGCCCGAUUUCCCAAACGCAAUUUAAGGCAUCCAGUGGUUCUAAAGAUGAACUUAGCCAUAAGAUGGUUUUGAGAAACCGGGCCGUGAUUACCACUGGAGAGAGAGGGGACUAUCGUGGAUCCUCUGGGGAGCCUCAACAACCUCAUGAUGCGGCAGAGAAGAGUCUCUCCACGUCAAAACACCUCAAGAAACGCCUGCAGAGACCCACAGGGAAAAAAUCUCACUGCUGCUCUGACUGUGGGAAGAGAUUCACCUCAUCAGGCAUUAAAAUACAUCAGAGAAUACACACAGGAGAGAAGCCUUAUGGCUUUGAUCAAUGUGGGAAGAGUUUUGUUGAGUCAAGCUGUCUCACUAUACAUCAGAGAAUACACACAGGAGAGAAAUCAUACAGCUGUGAUCAAUGUGGGAAGAGAUGUUCUACAUCUGGCCAUCUAACUAUACACCAGAGAAUACACACAGGAGAGAAAUCUUACAUCUGUGAUCAAUGUGGGAAGAGUUUUGCUGCAUCUGGCAAUCUGACUAUACACAAGAGAAUACACACAGGAGAGAAACCUUAUAGCUGUGGUCAAUGUGGAAAGAGUUUUACUCAGUCAACCAGCCUGACAUCACACCAGAGAACACACACAGGAGAGAAACCUUAUAGCUGUGGUCAAUGUCGGAAGAGUUUUUGUACAUCUGGCCAUCUGGCAACACACCGGAGAACACACACAGGAGAGAAACCUUAUAGCUGUGAUCAAUGUGGGAAGAGUUUCGGUACAUCUGGGUGUCUGACAAAACACUGGAGAACACACACAGGAGAGAAACCUUAUAGCUGUGAUCAAUGUGGGAAGAGUUUUACUACAUCUAGCUAUCUAACUAUACACCAGAGAACACACACAGGAGAGAAACGAUAUAGCUGUGGUCAAUGUGGAAAGGGUUUCGGUACAUCUGGCUGUCUGACAAAACACCAGAGAAUACACACAGGAGAGAAACCUUACAGCUGUGAUCAAUGUGGGAAGAGAUGUUCUACAUCUGGCCAUCUAACUAUACACCAGAGAAUACACACAGGAGAGAAAUCUUACAUCUGUGAUCAAUGUGGGAAGAGUUUUGCUGAAUCUGGCAAUCUGACUAUACACAAGAGAAUACACACAGGAGAGAAACCUUAUAGUUGUGGUCAAUGUGGAAAGAGUUUUACUCAGUCAACCAGCCUGACAUCACACCAGAGAACACACACAGGAGAGAAACCUUAUAGCUGUGGUCAAUGUGGGAAGAGUUUUUGUACAUCUGGCCGUCUGGCAACACACCGGAGAACACACACAGGAGAGAAACCUUAUAGCUGUGAUCAAUGUGGGAAGAGUUUUGGUACAUCUGGGUGUCUGACAAAACACCGGAGAACACACACAGGAGAGAAAUCUUAUAGCUGUGAUCAAUGUGGGAAGAGUUUUGGUACAUCUGGGUGUCUGACAAAACACCGGAGAACACACACGGGAGAGAAACCUUAUAGCUGUGAUCAAUGUGGGAAGAGUUUUACUACAUCUAGCUAUCUAACUAUACACCAGAGAAUACACACAGGAGAGAAACCUUAUAGCUGUGAUCAAUGUGGGAAGAGUUUUGGUACAUCUGGGUGUCUGACAAAACACCGGAGAACACACACAGGAGAGAAACCAUACAGCUGUGAUCAAUGUGGGAAGAGAUGUUCUACAUCUGGCAAUCUGACUAUACACAAGAGAAUACACACAGGAGAGAAAUCUUACAUCUGUGAUCAAUGUGGGAAGAGUUUUUCUGCAUCUGGCAAUCUGACUAUACACAAGAGAACACACACAGGAGAGAAACCUUAUAGCUGUGAUCAAUGUGGGAAGAGUUUUGGUACAUCUGGGUGUCUGACAAAACACCGGAGAACACACACAGGAGAGAAAUCUUUUAGCUGUGAUCAAUGUGGGAAGAGUUUUACUCAGCUAAGCAACAUGAUAACACACCAGAGAACACACACAGGAGAGAAACCUUAUAGCUGUACUCAAUGUGGGAAGAGUUUUACUCAUUCAACCAGCUUGAAAUUACACCAGAGAACACACACAGGAGAGAAACCUUAUAGCUGUAAUCAAUGUGAGAAGAGUUUUUCUUCAUUAGGCCUUCUGACUGUACACCAGAGAAUACACAUAGGAGAGAAAUCUUAUUGCUGUGAUCAAUGUGGGAGAAGUUUUACUCAGCUAGGCAGCCUGGUAUCUCACCAGAGAACACACACAGGAGAGAAACCGCAUAGAUGUAAUCAAUGUGGGAUGAGAUACUCUGAUAAAAGAUCUCUGACUAAACAUCAGAAAAUACAUGUUGUUUCAUGAUAUCAAUAAAAUAAUGUAGAAUGUUUUUAGUCACGUCACAAUGUAGAAUGUUUUAACAUUGUAGUAGCAGUAUUCUAAUGAUGUCACAAUGUAGAAUGUUAUAACAUUGUAGUAGGAUUAUGUUAAUGAUGUCACAAUGUAGAAUGUUAUAACAUUGUAGGAGCAGUAUUCUAAUGAUGUCACAAUGGAGCACCCUAAACGUUUGCUCUGAAUUGAAAGAGUGCUAUUUAUGAGAUUUAACAAAAAGUGACUAUCAAAAAAAGAGUUUUGAUUCAAGUUGGUGACCCACUUGAAUCAAAAUGCAAUACUUCAAAAUGUUUAGGUUCUCAAUAUAUCCCAAACUGUUUCUACAUAUUGGUUAUUGAUUUGGACAUGUUAAAACUGUGUUUUGAAAUUGCGCUAUUCCCAUUUAGCAAAAUGUCAUUGAAAAGACGUUGAAAAUAACACUGUAACAUUUAAUAAUCAUAAUUAUUUAUGCAACCAACUGACAAUUUUUGGGUAUAAUUAUAUUGAAAUUGUUGCCCUUCUUUUAGAAUAUCAGGGUUCAUUCUCAGAUGUACCAACCCAAAUGUACUAGAGCAUGACAUUGGGGACUGGGCCCCGAUCCAACAACAUGCCUAUCGAGAUAUUGCAGAUAUUGCUCUUGAAAUCAGACAUGUAUAUCAUGACAUCAAAUACAAUUUGAUUUGAGUUCCCAAGGGGAUGAGAGUUCUAGAAGCUAUUGAGUUUUAGGAUUCUAUAGAAUGAAAAAGGAGAAAAAAAUUAUAUGUCAGGUUUGGAGAUGAGUUUUGUUUGGGCUCGUUCCAAGGGGACGAGAGUUCUAGAAGAUAGUGAGUUUUAGGAAGACGAGAGUUCUAGAAGCUAGUGAGUUUUAGGAAGACGAGAGUUCUAGAAGCUAGUGAGUUUUAGGAAGAGGAGAGUUCUAGAAGCUGGUGAGUUUUAGGAUUCUAUAGAAUGAAAAAGGAGAAAAAAAUAACACGAUUGUAUAUUAUUAUUUAGAAAUAGGUGUUUUUUCUUGUUUUUAAUUGUUGACAGCCAGUAGACACCAUGUUUAUAUUGGUGAAGGUGAAGCAUUGUAGUUGAUUAUGUGAAAUGGAAGUUGUUUUCUGUUGGUGGUGAGCAAACUUGUCCAACAAAAAUAUAGGAUAUAUUUGUUGUCUUGAUGGGGAAGGUGUUCCAGGCUUUGGUUUUUCCAUUUAUGUUUUGAGGUUGGAUUUUAGCAUGUCUAGCUCGUUAGCACGUAGGACGCACAGAUUGGUGUCACCUCGUUAGUCAGUAUGUGUUACACCUGUGCUGGCUUGUCCAUCUCGUUAGUGGGAAGGUGUUUCACCUGAGCUGGUCCAGGUUCUAUUUAAGAGUGUCUGGCCCAGUGCUCCAGUUGUCUUGAUAGAUGUGGAGAGUCAACACCUUUAGUUGCUCCACCUUUUUGGUUUGCUUCCUGUUUUUAAGUUUGGUGUGAGUUUUUCUUUUGUUUUCCUCUUCUUGGGCAUAUUUAGUGGGUCUCAUGGUGGGUGUCUUUGAGGUCCCAGUUGUUGUUACUAGUCAACUUUCAGUGGACACCCCAUAGUGACUUUCAGAGCCCAUCCUAAAAAACAAGCUUAUAUUUUUGGAUUGGAUAUUUUAAUAUUUUAAUCAAUGGCAUUUCCUUAGGAUGCUCAUUAGUCUUUAAGUUGGUAUUAUUGUUUUUUAUCCUCUUAUGUUUGUUUACUAAAUAUUCCUGUUUAUUUUCAUUGUUUUUUCCUGAGAAGCCAUUGUGUUGCAUGUCUGAAAUGUGCUGUAUAAAUAAAGCUUGAUUUGAUUUGAA